CCCACCCCCCUCCCUCCCUCACACCGCCGCCACUGGCAGCCACCGUCUCUGCGAUCGUGCGCUCCGUCCGCGGCUCCGCUCCUUCUGCUCUGACUGUGUCCCUGUCGGUGUUUUCAGCGGAGGGGCUGCACGCGCGAUUGCGCUAUUGAUACCCACUUUAUAGUGAAUCUGUGGAAAGUCAUCCUCUCUCUCACUCUCUCUCUCUCUCUCUCUGUGUGUCUCUCUCUCUCUGUCCUCCUCUCUGGCUGCGCUUUGGUAACCUAACAGGGAGGUGUUAACUACUUUUCCUUUUCCAAAGCGCCUCCCGUUAUCUCCGGUGCUGCUGCGCAAGAACCAGAAGGGCCACUGCUACUGAUAUUCCCACUCCGCAGAAAAAAAAAAAAAAAAGUUUUGUUGUUGAGGAUAAAAAAAAAAAAACGAAGCCGGAAACAGGAGUCGUCUGCAGAAAGAAGCGGAUUCUGCCACAGCGAGUUUGGUGACCAGAUGAACACGAGGAACCAGGUCGAUCGACUACAGACACUCACUUUCCCAGGACCCCUUGGCUUCCACCACAACAACCUCUCCAAAAGGGAGGCUUUUACAGCUUCUUGCCCAGGAGACAAACCUUAACCUUGAAAGUUUAUUGUGUUUAUCAGUAGGACAGAACUGGUCCAAACUGUAAAACCGAUGAAGGACUGAACAAACCCAAAACGCCCCUAACUGGAAUGGAAUGAGUGGGACUGAACACAAAUGAAGUGAGUUUGGCGGGAGACACAUGAAAUAAGUUUAGUUCCACUGAAGAGAAAUGAACUGAUUUCACGCUAACCUGAACUGACAUUAGCUGACACACACAUUUUGCCAAGAACACUCUACCUAAGUUGGACUCUUUUUUUUCUUGAGCCCCUUCUUUCUAAAAGCCAUUUGACUCUUCAAACGUCACUCAUUCACUUCCCCAGACCCUUUCCAAGGGUCUUGGAUAGUGUCUCCAAUUUCUCUGAGGAGGAAUCAUCUCCUCUUCCCCUAUAAUUCCUCAGAAAUACACUCUUUGAUCCAGAUAUGGACCUCCACAGGGCAGCCUUCAAGAUGGAGAGCUCCUCCUACUUGCCCAAUCCCCUGGCCUCCCCAGCCCUCAUGGUCCUGGCCUCCACAGCUGAAGCUUCGCGUGAUGCUUCUAUCCCCUGUCAGCAGCCGCGGCCCUUUGGCGUCCCGGUUUCAGUAGAGAAAGACGUCCAUUUGCCAUUCAACAAUGGUUCUUACACUUUUGCGUCAAUGUACCACCGUCAAGGUGCUGUACCUCCAGGAUUUCCCAACAGGGACUUUCCUCCGUCCCUCCUCCACCUCCAUCAUCAGUUUGCCCCACCAAAUCUGGACUGCUCACCAAUCAGCAUGCUGAAUCACAGUGGGGUCGGCGCCUUCAGGCCCUUCGCCUCGCCUCCGGAGGAUCGGGAUGGAGCUCCAGGGGGGUAUCAGUCUGCGUUCACCCCUGCCAAGCGCCUCAAAGGCUGCCUGGAUCCAGAGGCUUCACCCCAUCUCCGGUACUCUGACGCUGAGGGGAAAGAGUACGACUUUGGCGGCGCCCAGAUUCCUCCUGGGGGCUCGCCCAGCAGCGCCUUGAAGGCAGUUGAGGACAGUGGGAAAAAGAUCUUCGCCGUGUCAGGCCUCCUGUCUGAUCGAGAGACUUCCUCCAGCCCAGAGGACCGCAUCGAGCGCUGUAAGUAG